AUAAUAAGACGUAGUUAUAGCACUUUAUUUGUAUUAUUGUGCACUUGAAAGUGAAACAGAGUGGCAGUGAGAGGGCGAGGUUCAGGAACAUGUUCAGGUGUUCCAGGUGCGGCAGGUUUUUAAGGUGUUCGGGUUUGAACUUGUGGAUUUGAAGCUAGUUCGGUCCUUCGACUGUGUAAUUCUGUAACUAGGAGCUGUUUUUCGGUUUAUUUGGGAAUGUUUUCUUGUGCAUGGUGAGUUGAGGAACCCUGGGCAGUGGAGGUGAACUCUUCAUCUGGAGCUCAAAUUAAAUCAGGUCAUCAGGUUUAAAGGCAAAGCACAUCCUCUAAGAGCAUGGGAGAGACAGUGGACGGUGCGAACGGGACCGUGACCAGGUCUGCUGAGUACAUCGGCUCAUUUCCUGUUGAUGACUGCUGUUUGGAUGAACAAGUUCAAAAGCUGUAUUUGCAGCUGAAGUCCCUCAAGCGCUACAAGCGUCGGCGCUACGUCUCCCUGAAAUUCUCUAUUAAAGGAGUGAAGGUUUAUAACGAGGAUGAGACGACUCUUCUGAUGGCCCACGCUCUGCAGCGGGUUUCGCUGUCCAUCGCCAGGCCCUCUGACGCUCAGUUUGCUUUCGUCGCCCACAAUCCCGGCAGCUCUGACACACAGCUCUACUGUCACGUUUUCAAGGCCAGACACGCCAGAGCUGCCCAGUUCCUGAACCUGCUGCUGUGCCGCUCCUUCCAGCUGUGUUAUCUGGAGAAACAUCCAGAUGAGGCUGAGGCUGACAAAUCAUCUGGGAAGAAGCCAGCUCGUACCCCGUCCCUGCUGAACCACGGCUUCCCGCUCAGUGUCAGCGCCCUGGUGUCCUUUCGCAGGGCGCCGACUCAGGGUCUGCUGCCGGUCAAGACAUCUGAGGUCUCCUUGAAGCCCAGAAAAGAGUCUGCUAGCAGUGCAGAGGAUGCCAUCGUGACUUCCCCUACGCUUGUACGUAAGCAGGCCAUAAGGGACAAAGUGCUGCGCUCGGGGGCUUACCGUUCCUUCACCUACACUCCUGUAAAACAGCGGCACCUACAGGAACGCCUGAACGCUCUACAAGACAAGGGACAGGACAGUGGACCGGUAUCCAGCGCGCGCGCUCCAAGCUUGGCCGAAACCGAAGAAGCGCUGGCUCAUGCUGUAUGGAGCUGGGCUGGCAUCUCGAGUGACAACAGUUCAUCUCUGCUUGCUGAAGAUGUCCUUGGUUCCUACUUGCUGUGUCCCCACCCCAAAGACCCCAGCGUCCAAUCUCUGCUCAUACGCUUCCCUUCAGGUCUGGUCAAUUUGGCAAUUAAGACCUCCAGCAAUGGAAGAUUGUACCUUGAGAAUUGUCGGGUACGGUUCGAGGGUCUCGCUGCACUGAUUGAACACUACACUUUGACCAGAGAAGAGCUGGAGGUGCCACUGAGUUGCACUCGGGUUAACCACUGUUAUGAAUGGGAAGAGAGCAAAGUCCAGGUUAAACGCUUACCGCAACGGAAAAACACCAAAAAUCAGGCCUGGGUUUAAGUCUGGUUCAGGGUUUGGGUUUUAAAUCUGUGUAAAUGUAUAUGGCUUUAGACUCUUGACUCUUAAACAGGAAGCUGUUCAACUUGGACACUUAAUGACACUUAAUUUCUAACAUUUUGCACUUGAUACACAAAACACGAGGUGAUUUUUGUUUUAGAUUUCUUUUUUUUUGUUCUCAGGAAUGGGGGCUUUUUUUUUGACACCUAACAAUGCUGACUCCCCCCUUGUAACAGCCCUGUAAUUUGUGUUGUAUGCAUGUCGUAAAUGUCUUUCAACUAUUUUUAAAAAUGUAUUAUGCAGUAAACUAUAGAUAGUGGGACAAUUAAGGAGUUGAAAUUUUGGCUAAAUAUCUUGUGAAUGAUGUGGGAGUCUGUGCAAGCAUCUGUUUUCUUGAUUUAGUAUUUGCAACUUUUUUUUUUUUUUUAAAUAUAAUCAGCUCUAGUCAAAGUUGUAGCUUGACAUAAGGGCACUGAACUUCCAGUAAUUCCAUUUUCUUUUCUAAUACAACCUGACCUACUUUUUAAUCAGGCUUUUUUGUAUCCGGUUUACUAGUGAAGCACUUUCCUAAAAAUCUUGUAUCUCUUGGAAUUUUAUAUAUAAAUUUAUUAUUUUUUAACAGCAA